UCUCAAUUCAUUUUUAUUAUUAUUAUUAUCAAGUUCAUUGUUGUGAUAUUUUUCCUCUAGCUAGUAGCAAGAGCGUUGCUAGAGCACUAAUUGAUUUGCCAGUAAUGUUGUCUCCUGGAGCACGAAUUGUGAGAGGACCCGAUUGGAAUUGGGGAAACCAAGAUGGAGGUGAAGGAAGUGUGGGUACAGUAUGUGAAAUUGGUAAAGCUGGUGCAGUUGGUUCCCCAGACAAAACAGUAGUAGUUCAGUGGGACAAUGGAGCCAGAACCAACUACAGAGUAGGUUACAAUGGAAAAUAUGAUCUGAGAAUUAUUGAUAAUGCACAAAUUGGUGUGAGGCACCCAAAUAUAGUAUGUGAUGGGUGCAACAGUCAGGGAAUUAGUGGAAUGAGAUAUAAAUGUAUGAUAUGUUAUGAUUAUGAUUUAUGCUAUAUGUGUUACCAUGGAGAUAAGCACAAUGUUACCCAUACUUUUAAGAGAUUUGACUCUGCCAAUUCAUCAGGUGUUGACCUUCCACCAAGAUCUGAAGCUAGGAAAUGUGAGUUACAUGGAAUUUUUGUUGGUGCCAAAGUUAUGAGAGGGUACAAUUGGGAAUGGGGAAAUCAAGAUGGAGGAGAAGAAAAAAUUGGUAUUGUUUUGGACAUUAGAGGUUGGGAUAAUGAGAGCAGCAGAUCUGUGGCCAAUGUGAAGUGGUUUUCUGGAUCUACCAAUGUUUAUAGGUUAGGUCAUAAGGGCAAUUGUGAUAUAAAAUACAUCGAAUCUGCAUCUGGUGGACAGUUUUAUCCAGAGCAUCUUCCAGUACUAGGCCAAAAUAUAGACCAAGUAAUAGUCAGACCUGGUCGAACAGGCCCUUGCCCUUUCACUGUGGGAGAUAAAGUACAAGUAACUGGUUCGGUCGAAGAAUUGAAGGCUAUGCAACAAGGUCAUGGAGGAUGGAACCCAAGAAUGGCAGAUUAUAUUGGAAGGGUUGGUUUGGUACACCGUGUGACCGACAAGGGUGACAUCAGGGUGCAGUAUGAAGGUUGCAACAAUCGGUGGACUUUCAACCCUGUCUCUUUGCACAAAGUCAACAGUUUCGCUGUAGGAGAUGUCGUUACUUUGAUAAGUGACGCCGAGAAGGUCAAAGAGUUGCAAAAAGGGCAUGGAGAAUGGAUUGAAAUAAUGAGAAAUUCUUUGGGCAAAUUGGGGAAAGUCUUGAAAGUGUAUUCGGACGGAGAUUUGAGGGUUCAGUUGGAAGGGCAAGCAUGGACUUUGCACCCUCAAUGUGUUAGAACUGUGCCAGGAAGUGCAGCUGAACUGGCCAAUACAAUGCAUGCUGUUCAAAACCAAAGACAAGAACCAUCAUUGCAAUGGUCGCCCGCCCACCAAUCGGACGCCCGCAGCGACGACGCGGCCGAUCAGCUAGUGCGCGCGGCCGCCCAGGGCCACCUCGACGCCGUCCAGAGCCUGCUGGGCGUGGCAGGGGGCGGCAACAAGGCGGCGGCUACACGUCCGGCGAGCGUUGAUGCGCGCAGCAGCGGCAAGACGGCAUUGCAGGUGGCCGCCCACCAGGGGCACGCGCACGUCGUGCUGGCGCUUGUCAAGGCAGGUGCGUCGGUGAACGCGAGCGACAACGACGGCGACACGUGUUUGCACUACGCUGCGUUCGGCAACCAGCCCGAGGUGCUGGAACUGCUAGUGAAAACCAACGUGGACGUGAACGCGUCGAACCGCAGCGGGUGCACCGCCUUGCACAUCGCCGCGCACAAACAGCCCGCCAAAUGCGUGCAGAUUUUGUUGGCAGGUGGCGCCAACCCCAACAGCACCGACCUCUACGGCGACACGGCCUUGCAUGACGCCAUCGGGAAGGACAACUAUCAAGUCGUCGAGAUCCUUUGUAAGGCGCAAGGUACCGACUUCACUCUGCGCAACAAACGCGGCUUCAACGUCCUCCACCACGCCGCCCUCAAGGGCAAAACGUUCGCGACGAAGCGGCUGCUCGUCGCGGCCAGACAGCUGGUGGACGUGAAGAAGGACGACGGCUUUUCGGCCCUGCAUCUGGCCGCCCUCAACGGGCACAAGGAAGUGGUGGAGGCGCUGGUGCGGAGCGGGCAGGCCGACAUCGACUUGCGGAACAACAGGAGUCAGACGGCGCUUCUACUGGCUGUUAGUCAGGGUCAUUGUUGCGUCAUCGAGCCUCUCGUCCACCUCAAAGCCGACAUCAACGCCAAAGACGAAGACGACGAGACUGCCCUCCAUUUGGUCCUUUCCAAGCGCGACCAUCUGAACGGCGACGUGACCGCCGACGACAGUCCCGCCAUCUACGCCAUCUACGAGUACCUGGGCCACGUGCAGGAGGGCCGACUGGCCGUGGCCAUCGCCUGCUAUCUGGUGAGGGCCGGGUGCGAUGUGGAGGCGGUGAACGGCAAGGGGCGGCGGCCGUUGGACUUGUUGCAGGACGAGCAGCUGCAGGAAUUGGUGAAAAGUUACAAACCUGUGCCAAUAGAAAAUAACCAAAUCGAGGGCGUUGAAAGGGAUAUCGAGGAAUUUGAGAAUUUGACAUUGGAGGACAGCCAAAGAGAAGGGUACAAUCUCACCGAAACCCCACCAAAAAGCCUCCCUGGAAUUGAAUCCCAACGAGCGAGAAGGAGUAGAUCCAAAGGAGAUAGAGGAGAUAAGAAUUCUGUGGGCACUUCGCAAGACAACCGUACCGCCGACCUCCUGCUACCCCACAAACCGGUCGAGUGCCUCGUCUGCUCCGAGCUGUCCGAGGAAAACGUCAAACUGGAACCGUGCGACCACAAGCCCGCCUGUGAGGACUGCUCGUCGCGCAUGAAAAAGUGCCUGCACUGCGGCCAGAUCGUGCAGAAACGUGUCACCAAAGAUGGCAGGGUGAUUCCCGCCAAGAGCAGACAGCCUAGCGCCGAGCGCAUGCGCUAUCUGGAGUGCAAGAUAGCGGAGAUCGAGGAGAGCCACGCGUGCAGCAUCUGCAUGGAGAGGAAGAAGAACGUUGUUUUCCUUUGCGGGCACAGCACAUGCGCGCGGUGCGCAGACACGCUUAAGAUCUGUCAUAUGUGCAGAAAGACCAUCACCAAAAAGAUUCCUAUUUAUUGAGAAUUCGUGUGUGUGUGUGUGUGUGUGUGCGGUUGGGAUUUUUGUUUUCUUCAGUGGGCAGGAUUUGGAAUGAAUAGUAAUGUAUAGUUUGUCCUAGAAUUGGAUUUUUGUCCUGUACAUUAUGCAAAUUAGUUCUCCUGUGAUAUUUUUUAAACGUUGAUGAUUGUAGAAAUAGAACUGUUUUUAUUUAAUUAGGAAAUAUAAUAUAUGUGCGAAAGAGCUGUUUUAUUUUGUUUAUGUCCAUUUAUUUCUAACAAUGGAAUGUGUUUGAAAUAUCGCUGAAGUGAUGACAAGAAUAUCUUUCAGGUGAGCACACAAAAAUCAUCUGAAUUUCGCAAGACUUUCAGUAGUUUUUAUAAAGGGCAUAAGAAAAUUAUCACAAAGUUGAGUUAGGCAAAGAUUUGCCGUUCGGUAGAUAAACGAGUUUUGGUAAAGAUGGCAGAGUGAUUCCCGCCUAGAAUAGACAGUUGAGCAUCUGGAGAGCAAGAUAGCGGAGAUAAAGGAGAGCCACGCGUGCAGCAUC